UGCAUUGUGAGUAAUAUUCAUAGAAAUCGUUUUGCUCGUCAACAUGCAGUUUUCAGUGGUGGAAUUUCAAGGCAAACAUUCAAACUAUCAGUGUGGAUACUGUAAGCAGUCCGAUUCAUGCACCUCUGACGGAAUGUGGGCACAUAGGCUUAAUUGCCAAGAUUAUCAAGACUUGAUCGAUCGUGGCUGGCGUCGUUCUGGAUGUUACUGUUAUAAACCGACGAUGGAUGUUACCUGCUGUCCAUCAUAUACAAUAAAAUGCGAUGCUUUGAAUUUUAGGUUGAACAAGUCUCAUAAAAAGAUCAUUAAGAAAGUGCAUAAUUUUUUGCGAUACGGGAUUAAAGAACCGUGCGAUGGUUCGAACGAGCAUACUAAAGCUGAAGAAGAUUCGUCUUUUGACCAACAUAUAAGUGGUAAUGAACAAAUUGAGUUACCUUGCGUACCACCAACACUUCUGAAUCUUGAUGAUGUAAGAUCACCGCAAACUGAUUCGAGUGCCGAAAUUUUAUUGAAUGUUAGCGAACAACAAUCAGGUAGCACGGCAACCGUACAAGUGGCAAAUUCAUUAAAUAAUUCAAAUAAAUUCAAGGAUCUAAACGCCACGACGCCACCUAAGAAAGCAAAGCUGCUACGUAUUGAACGAAAACGUGAAAAAUUACAGAGAAAAGGAUACUGCGACGACGAGCUUCAACAGAAAAUGCAAGCCAGUUCUAAGAAACAGAACGCUAAAACCUUAGAAGAAUUUUUAUCUGAAGCUCCUCAGGACGACGAAACAUCAGCUCAUCGUUUGAAGAUAGUGACGCUUCCUACUUUUGGAGCGGAAUUCAAAAAAACCUUGCAAAUUUCUUACGCUCUGUAUGCUAAAUAUCAGACGGCUAUACAUAAUGAUCCUCCCGGUGCGAUUGAAGACUAUCUGGACUUUUUGGUGAAAUCGCCAUUACAGACUUCGCAGGGUUUUGGAACCUUUCACCAACAGUAUUGGCUUGACGAUCGCUUGAUUGCUGUUGGCGUAAUUGAUGUACUGCCGUAUUGUGUUAGCUCAGUAUACUUUUUUUAUGAUCCAGAAUUUAAGUUCCUUUCACUUGGUACUUAUGGUUCACUAAGAGAGGUUGCCUACACUCGUUCUCUACAAAAAGAAAUUGCUAGUAUUAAAAGUUAUUAUAUGGGAUUCUACAUUCACUCCUGUCCAAAGAUGCGCUAUAAAAAAAACCUUCAGCCUUCAUAUUUGCUCUGUCCGGAAACAUAUACCUGGCAUAUGAUUGAUGAUACAAUUCUGUCCAAAUUGGAUGCUCAUAAGUAUAGCAGACUUAACGAUAAACUUACGGAGCAGGAUCGUAAUGCCACGACGAAACAAGAUUUAGAGGAUGUACUUUUACUUGUAGAUAGAUCAUAUAUACCUUAUUCACGUUAUGUGAAGAUUUUUGGAAAGGACAUACCCAUUUUGGCCGAAUAUGCUCAGUUGGUUGGAAAAAGCUGUGCGAAGAAAAUGUUGCUUUACGAAGUUUAGAUGAUAAGUCCUAUAGUAGCUACGAUAUCUCUUUUCAGGAGUGCGUAUAAGCAUUUGUUCUAUGUAGUAUUGUUCAAUGUUUUGUUUUAUAUUGUCCCAUUAAUCUUGAAAUGAAUAAAAUGACAGCGAUAGCUAGUCAAUAUGUACAAUC